AAACGUGUGAUGAAAGUUGGAGCUGCAGCGUACCUCGUUGAUCUUCGCGAGGUGACAUCGACGGUCAAGAGCGAAGAUAUCGAGAAGCUGUGCAAGGCCGUUCCUCCGGAAUUAGUGGAACUGAUUCGGAAAUACCCAAGGAUUUUCCCAGACGAUCUGCCAGCUGGACUCCCACCGAGCCGACCUGAGGACCACCGGAUCGAGCUGGAACCAGGCGCCCAACCGACGGUACAGCGCCAAUUUUGGCUCAGCCAACCAGAACUAGAAGAAAUGCAGCAGCGGCUGGAUUACCUUCUAACGAAAGACUUUAUCUGGCCCAGCACGUCACCAUACACCACCCCGAUACUGUUCAUGCCGAAGAAGGAUGGAGGAUUCAGAAUGUGCAUCGACUACCGUGCGCUCAACCGGAUCACCAUCAAGUCGCGUUACCCGAUCCCGCGAGCCGACGAACUUCUGGACCAACUUCGCGGCGCCAAGUUUUUCUCGAAAAUCGACUUGCGCGGCGGUUACCAUCAGAUUCGCGUCGCCGCCGGAGAUUAUCACAAGACAGAAUUCCGAACCCGUUGCGGAAGCUACGAGUACCUGGUGAUGCCUUUUGGCCUCACGAAUGCGCCCUCGACUUUCCAAAUGACCAUGAACGGUGUUUUCAGAAAACUCUUGGACAAAUGCGUCAUUAUGUACCUCGACGAUAUUCUGAUCUACAGCCGCAAUAGGGAGCAGCACUUACGAGAUCUUGAUGUAGUCUUCACGCUGCUGCACAAGAAUCGCCUCAUCACGAAAGGGUCUAAGUGCGACUUUCUUAAGCAGGUGUUGGAAUUUCUAGGCCACAUCGUCUCUACUGAAGGAGUGAAAAUCGACCCCAAGAAAAUCAAGACCAUAAAAGAAUGGAAGCCGCCAAGCAACAUCAAGGAGCUGCAGAUUUUUUUGGGUUUCGUCAAUUACGUCCGCAGGUUUAUACCAAAUAUGGCUGGGUUAUCUGCCCCGCUAACUGAUCGAGUCAAAGAUCACGAUUGUUUUUGGUGGAGAGAGAAGCAGCAAGCCGCAUUUGACCAACUGAAGAUUGGGCUCACGUCACCGCCCAUCCUUUGCAUCGCCGAUCCUGACCGUCCAUAUGAAGUCAUCACCGACGCUAGCGACAUCGCCAUCAGCGCAGUCCUUUUACAAGAUUUUGGUGAAGGAUUACAGCCGGUCGCCUACGAAUCACGGAAGCUGCAGGGCGCAGAGAAAAAUUAUACUGUACACGACAAGGAAGUGUUAGUGAUCGUUCACACGUUCAAGACCUGGCGGUGCUACCUGACUGGCGUUGCUGUCACUGUGCGAACAAACCACAAAUCCCACAAGUACCUGCGAGCCCAGCCGAACCUCAACCCGCGACAAAUCCGAUGGCUCGAUUUCCUCCAGUCAAACUUCCACUACACCAUCACCUACAAAUGGGGCACCAACAACAUUGCCGAUGCCCUGACCCGACCCACUGCCCAUAGAGCCGCCAUACUAAUCGCCCAAACCAGCCCACUCCGUAAAGGACUAUUUAUCCAUGGCUACAAGAUCGACCCUUUCCAGCAGGGCGGACUCCUGAGUUGUUCUGCACCCAUCACCGAGCUACAAGCCUGCGGGUUUGGGAAAAUCGAUUUGCGAGGAGGUUACCACCAAAUUCGCGUCGCCGCCGAAGACUGUAACAAAACCGCCUUCCGAACACGCUACGGCAGUUACGAAUACCUGGUGAUGCCUUUUGGCCUCACGAACGCGCCUUCAACGUUCCAGAUUACCAUGAACGGCAUUUUUUGGGAACUCUUGGAUAAAUGCGUUAGUAUCUACCUCGACGACAUACUAAUCUACAGCCGCAGCCAGGAGCAGCACUUACGAGAUCUUGAUGCAGUCUCCACGCUGCUGCACAAGAAUCGCCUCAUCACGAAAGGGUCUAAGUGCUACAAUCUUAAGCAGAAGUUGGAGUUUUUGGGCCACGUCGUUUCUACCGAAGGAGUGAAAAUCGACCCCAAGAAAAUCAAGACCAUACAGGAAUGGAAGCCGCCGACCAACCUCAAAGAACUACAGAGUUUUCUGGGUUUCGUCAACUACGUCCGCCGUUUUAUCCCAAAUAUGGCUGGGUUACCGAGUGAAGGAUCACGAAUGUUUUUGCGAGCAGCCGGACUACUACAGCCGUUGGAUCCGCCUGAGCUACCCUGGCAACACGUCACGAUGGACUACGUGACAGGACUACCGGCCGGCCCCAGCGGAAACGACGCCAUCCUCGUGGUCGUCGACCGACUCACGAAAAUGGCGCACUUCAUCGCCUGCCAACAGACUAUCACAGCCGAGCAAACUGCGCAACUGUUCCUCGCGAACGUCAUCCGACUGCACGGACUGCCCCCCGCCAUCAUUUCAGACCGAGACCCGAAAUUCACAUCGAAUUUCUGGCGCCACCUGUGGGACCAGUUCGGCACCAAACUCCAAUUUUCCUCCGCCUACCACCCACAGACCGACGGGCAGACCGAACGCGUCAACCAAACCAUGGAGCAACUCCUUCGAACUACCUGCACUGACCCAUCGAUAUGGGAGAAAUCUCUCCCGCUGCUGGAGUUCGCGUAUAACAAUGCAUCCUCCGCUACAACCCAUCAGUCCCCGUUUUUUCCUCAAUUACGGACAGGACCCCGUGAUACCCUCUACCCCGAACAUUGAGACACCCGUACCCCGGUCCCGGAAAU